AUGGAGAGAGCAGUAGGGCAGCAGUUAGGUCACUUUCAAAAUGGAGGGUCUUCAAUGGUGAUUGCUGAUCCACCGGCAGCCAUUGUUACUCCGAGCAGGUAUGAGUCUCAGAAGCGCCGCGACUGGAACACCUUCGGGCAGUUUCUGAAGAACCACCGGCCGCCGGUGCCGCUGUCGCACUGCAACAGCAGCCAUGUCCUCGCUUUCCUGAGGUACCUGGACCAGUUUGGGAAGACGAAGGUCCACCUGCAAGGUUGCGCCUUUUAUGGCGAUCCUGAACCUCCGGCGGCGUGCGGUUGCCCUCUCCGGCAGGCGUGGGGCAGCCUGGAUGCAUUGAUCGGGCGGCUGCGCGCCGCCUUCGAGGAGAAUGGCGGGCUGCCCGAGAUGAACCCGUUUGCCAACGUGGCGAUCAGGAUGCACCUGAAAGAAGUUAAGGAGUCGCAGGCUAUGGCGCGAGGGAUUAUGUACAAGAAGAAGAAGUCGAAGAAAGUGAGCCAUUGA